UCCCACCAGCAGCCAGACUGUGUGUUGUGCAGAGAAAGAGCUCCAGAGGUCAGACUGUGAUAGCCUGUGUGUUUGCAGGAGUUUCACACAAAUUCCCGUGCAGCUCGUACCCUACACAACCAUCAUCGCUGCUAUGAGCCUCUUCACCUUCCUCCCCUCCUCUUCUUCGUGCCCCCACUUGUACCACAGCAACACCACACCAUCCAACGACAACACCACAACCAGCGACUUCAACCAUGUGAUCCUGCGGCAUUACAACCACACGGGCCGCCUGCAGAACCGCACCAUCUCCAACCCCCAGAGCCACAUCAGCGUGCCCGUGGUGGUCAUCCUCUGCUUCAGCAUCUUCAUCAUCCUGGAGAACCUCCUGGUGCUUGUGGCCGUCGUCUCCCGCAUUCGCCACAGCCGCCGCUGGGUCUAUGUGUGCAUCGCCAACAUCACGCUCAGCGACCUCCUCACCGGCGCCGCCUACCUGGUGAACAUCUGCAUGUCGGGCAGCCAGACGUUCCGCCUCUCCCCGGCCCUGUGGCUCUUCAGGGAAGGGAUGCUUUUCGUGGCCCUUGCAGCGUCCAUCUUCAGUCUGCUGCUGAUCGCCGUGGAGCGUUACACCACCAUGAUGAAGCCCCUGCCUCAGAAAUCUGCCAGCAAGACCUACUGCAGGAUCUACGGGCUGGUGGCGCUCUGCUGGGUUUUGGCGCUGGUGAUCGGCUUCCUCCCCCUGCUAGGAUGGAACUGUGUGUGCAGCCUGGACGCUUGCUCCACCCUCCUCCCCCUCUACUCCAAAACCUACAUCUUCUUCUCCCUCAUCAUCUUCUUCCUCAUCCUGCUGGCUAUCGGCGUGCUGUACGGUGCCAUCUACUGCCACGUUCACAGGAGUGCAAGUCUGGGCCCUCAGCGCAGUCGCAAACGCUCCCUGGGUCUGCUUAAAACUGUCAUGACCAUUGUGGGGGUGUUUCUGCUGUGCUGGGGGCCUCUGUUUCUGCUCUUACUGGUGGAUUUCUUUUGUGCAUCCCGCAAGUGUGCACUUUGGUUCAACGCUGACAUUUGCAUCUCCCUGGCGGUCUUAAAUUCAGGCCUGAACCCCAUUAUCUACGCCCUGGGCAGCACUGAUAUGAGGAAGGACAUCGCCAAGCUGCUGUGCUGCUGCUGCCUGAAGGUCGGCAUCUGUCGCCCGGACACUUUCACCUCCAAGGAGACCAGCAGUACCUCGGAGAGCCGGAGGGACAGUCUGAGGAACAGUUUUAACAAAAUCAGAAAUCUGAGCCUGGUCUCGCCUCCAUCGACGCCCAACAAGCCUCGCAGAACACCCAAAAAAUAUCGGCUGAGCUCCACCACCAGCUGCUUGUCAGUUUCAAGUGGUUAAAACCACAAAGUGCUCCACUCCCAAACAACAAGAUCUGUGUUCACUGAUACACAUCUAACCGUUUCCUCCCAGUUCUGGUCUGACUGUUCAGUGCUCCUCCUGCACGUACUUGCACCAUUGAUAACACACUGUCAGAAGGCCUGUUUUAAAUGGGUGUACUUGAGUUUGCAAUGAUAAGCAGUUUUUUUCAUGAUCAGACAUUUCUUUUUUUCCAUGCAUACUCUAAAAAACUGUUCUCUUCACCUGCAGACAAAGUACUUUCAUAAACACACAGACCUUCACAAGAGAUUUUGACCAAAUAAGAGGAGAGACCAUCUUAAAAACAUGGAUAGAAACAAGUGUUUCAAUCUCUCAGUUGCAAUCAAAUCUCAUAAAAUCAUAUCUUACGGGUUUAUACAACCUAAUAUGCAAAACUGACAGAGAAAUGGACCGUGUACAGGAAUCUGUUGUUGUGCAUGGUCGACCAUUGUUCUUCUCCUAUGCAGCAAUAAACUCACCUUUUAGACCAAUGUGGACUUGUGCAGAAAAAGCAAAUUAGGGAAUUUAAAGGGGCUUAAUUGCCAGCAAACACCCGCCUCAAAAUUGUUCACUUUUAUAGUAACCUCUUAGAUAAACACAGGAAGAAGCUGACCCAGGUGGUUAACCAGACCAGAAAACUCAUAACAACUCCGAAACCUAUAUAUAACCAACAUCUUAUAAUGACUGCCACAAGUCACAUGUGUCCGUCCUGCUGUGGCCAUCUUUUUUAAACCCACAACGUUCACAAACAAUGUUUAAAAUGUAAUUUUGAGUGUUAGAUCUGUAUUUUGUGUCUCUUUCACUGUUUUGAAUUCAAUUGUAUGUGAGGUAAUGGACAAUAUAAAAAAAAAAAAAAGUAUAUUUUUUUAUAAGAAGGAAGCUCCAGUUAAGCAUGGAAAUGUAUUUGAUAAAAGAAAAAUAUGUAAAAAAAUGGUGUGUAUUGUAAAAUGUUCUGUAAGCGGAUUGUUUAACUGUAUGAUUAAAAUGUGAAUAAAGUUUAU